UCUGGCAAGAAGUCCAUCUCGUUUGUGGGCUGUGCCACCCAGCACUUCAUGUACCUGUCUCUUGGUGGUGCAGAGUGUGUCCUCCUGGCUCUCAUGUCUUAUGACCGUUAUGUUGCCAUCUGUCACCCCUUACAUUACACUGUGCUCAUGAGCAGAAAAGUUGGGGUGAUGAUGGCUGUCAUAUCAUGGUUGAGUGGAUCUGCCAACUCCCUAAUCCACACAUCUGUCUUGAUGAACUUACUGUUUUGUGGUUCGAGAAUCAUUCACCACUUCUACUGUGAAUUUCCAGCUGUUUUGAAGUUGGUAUGUGGAAAUAUCACUGUGUAUGAGAACACAGCCUAUAUCAGCACCGUUAUUCUUCUUCUCCUCCCCAUCAUUUUUGUCUCUACAUCCUAUGGAUUCAUUCUCCAUAGCGUCAUGCAUAUGCGCUCAGUAGGGAGUAAGAGAAAUGCCUUUGCCACAUGCAGCUCUCAUCUUACUGUGGUUUCCCUUUUUUUUGGUGCGUGCAUGUUCUCCUAUAUGAGACCCCGAUCCCAGCGCACUCCAUUCCAAGACAAAGUUGGUUCUGUUUUCUAUAGCAUCAUUACUCCCACUCUGAAUCCCCUGAUUUAUACUCUCAGGAAUAAGGAUGUUGCUAGGGCUCUGAAAAAAGUGUUGAGGAGAGAUCUUUUCACCUAG